ACCAUGCGCGGUGGAUAUCGAUUAGGCGUCGUCUCAUCGUCUUCCUCCUCGCGUGCGGCGGCGGCGCGCCAGUGGCCGUGACUGACUCUGCGCCGGCGGCGGCGGCGGCGUGCACCGGCGAAUCCCCUCGCGGGAACGGAGGUCUAAAGCCUCUCCCGCCACCACUAUCCCUUCCUCUUCGGCUCACGCUCCCGUCCCCAAUAACCUCCGCUUUCGUCAGCUCCAUUCUUGCAGGCGUCUCUCCUCGGCUCCGCUCGCUUCGGACAGUCCGAAGGCUAAGCUUAUACUUGGUGGCGCGGUGCUGCCUGAAGCAGAUGGCUAUCUACACACCUACUGUCUGUUUACAACGCUGUACUUAUAGCUUGUAUUCUCAGUCUUGUCAGUUACAAGGAGGGCUGACACAGGGCAUGGCAUUAUGGAAGUAUUCUCGUUCACAAGCAGUCGGUUAUCAUGUAAAGAUCAGAUUAGUUGGUUUGCCUCCUAAGAUGAACAUAAAAUCACUGCGAACAUGUUUUGCCAGUUCGGGGAAACAGUUGUGUGGCAGACAACCUGCGAGGGAUAAUAUUCUAAAGCUAAAGCUUGAUGAGCCCUCACGUCAGAAGUUGUAUAGUAUUCUCUGGGAUUCAAGAAGCAUAGGACACAAAGUUGGAGCUACAGGCACUGGACUUUUCCUAAGUUUUGCAGUUCCUGCGAAGGCAAAUGCUGAGGGUCCUGUGGACAAUAAUACUGAUAGCCCCCAAACUACUGAAUCGUCCACUAGUUAUGCUCAUGGGAAAAAAGUUUGCACGGAUUAUUCUGUUACUGGCAUUCCUGGAGAUGGAAGGUGCUUGUUCCGAUCUGUGGCUCAUGGUGCAUGUAUUAGGUCAGGUAAGCGACCUGAUGAUGAUCUCCAGAGAAAGAUGGCUGAUGACUUAAGAGCAAUGGUCGCCGAUGAAUUUAUCAAGAGACGGGCAGAGACUGAAUGGUUUGUUGAGGGGGACUUCGAUGCAUAUGUCUCUCGGAUUAGGAAGCCACAUGUGUGGGGAGGUGAACCAGAACUGUUAAUGGCUUCGCAUGUUCUUCGGAUGCCAAUUACUGUGUACAUGCAUGAUAAGGAAGCUGGUGGUUUAAUAGCAAUUGCAGAAUAUGGUCAGGAGUACGGGAAAGAAGAUCCAAUUCAAGUUCUUUUUCAUGGUUUUGGCCAUUAUGACGCUCUACAGAUACCAGGAAAGGGUGGUCCAAGGUCAAGGCUGUAACAUUUGGAGCUCAGAUUCCAAACAAUAACUUCAGAAGAUUUUUCUUGCUUGCAACACCUUCAUCCAUUCAUCCAUGGUGAGGUCGUUCUCGUUUGAUCAAAGAUACCUUAUGCCAUCAAGAGAUCCUUAUCACGAUAAUUAUGCCAUUUUAUGUACAAACGCACAUACACUCCAUGACUCCAUGCAUUGGGGGACCUUUUACUGCCGUUGGAUUCUCGAGGAAUAGCAUCCUCGGAUAUGGUUCAUCACUUUAUCAAUAUUAGAGCACACGAUUCUUGAUACGCCUAUUCUCGAGAAUAGAUUCAUAAAGAGAAUUAUUGUUUAGUACAUGCCCAUAAUAAUACAUUUUCUAAAUAUAUUACAAGUGCGGGCAUUCAUAUAUACGCGAGCGCUCUUACCCUUGAAUACAUCUUUCCAUAUCCUUAUGAGCACCUUUGAAGAUUGGGUUUAUCGAACAAACAAACAUGUCAACGUUAGUUCAUGGAUGAUACAAGGGUCUUCGAUCUUAGCUUGGCAACAUCCGAAUACAAUUUCUACCUAUGUAAAAUUUACAUGAAGCUUUCUAACUGCUACAAGAAAGUGCAUCUAAAAAAAAAUCCUUCAAGAAAGUGGAAACAGAGUAAAAAAGUAUACGAUCUACAGCGAACUAAAAAUAAACAUGGCAACUUUUUCCAAAACAGGCUGUAUAAUAUAGGAUGAACAUAUACCGACUUCAAACAUGCAUAUUACCUUAUCUUGCAUGCCAAAUUGAACCUAUUCCAUUCAUAUUUGACAUAUCUCAAAAACACAUGCUGCUGACACUUGCUACAUGGGAGUGUGUUAACACGCCAGGUUUUAUAUGCCAAGACGGAUGGGAAUAAUCACCGACUUAAAAAAAAA